ACAGGAUCUGUCAUUUGAUUUUGAUGGGUUAAGGUUAGAAGGGUGAUAGCAAAAGAUAACAGGGGUCAACCAGGCAAGGAACAGUUCUUGAUUGAUGCCCUUUUCACCUGGUUUCCAAAGGCAACAGUGGUCAAGUAGUGAUGAGCAAUAUCUGUGAUUCUGGCACAAUGAAGGCAUCAACCCCAUCCAAGACAGCCAAGGCCAACACCACCUUCUCUCUGGCUUUGUUUAAAAAGCUGAGUGAUGACAACAAGACAGGGAACAUCUUCUACUCCCCUUUCAGCAUCUCUUCAGCCCUGGCUAUGGUGAUGCUGGGGGCCAGAGGAAACACAGCCACACAGAUGUCAGAGGUCCUCUGCUUCACGGAGACAGAGAAGCCGAAGCAGACGGGAGCAGAGCAGAUGCAAACGCAUUCGACGGUGCAGUCGGCGAUGCAGUCGCAGAUGCAGACGCGGAUGCAGAUGCGGACGCAGAUACAGCAGACCAGCAGACUGCCACAGUAUCUGCUCAAGUGCCUGAAACCCCAGAAUGAUCAAGAUGAUGUCCAUGCAAGCUUUGCCCAACUGCUGAGUGAGCUCAUCAAGGCAGACGCUCCGUAUGCCCUCAGUCUUGCCAACAGGCUGUAUGGGGAGCAGUCCUACCAGUUUGUUGAGGAUUUCUUGGCAGAAACCAGAAAGCACUACAACGCAGAGCUGAAGUCUGUGGACUUCAAAACUAGCGCAGAUGCUGCCAGGGUCAACAUCAACAGCUGGGUGGAAGAGCAGACCCAAGGUAAAAUCAAGGACCUGUUGGUCCAGAAUGUGGUGGACGACUCGACCAUCCUGGUGCUGGUCAAUGCCAUCUACUUCAAAGGCAACUGGAACAAACAGUUCAAGGAGGAUUCUACAGUUGAUGCGCAGUUUAGAAUUAACAAGAAUGACACUAAGUCGGUGAAGAUGAUGCGGCAGAAAAGUAAAUUCCCUCUCAUUGCCAUUCCUGAGGCCAACUGCCAGAUCCUCGAGAUGCUCUAUAAAGGGGAGGAGCUCAGCAUGCUCAUCUUCCUGCCUGAUGAGAUAAAGGACGACACAACAGGCUUGGAGAAGCUGCAGAGGGAGCUAACCUAUGAGAAAUUUGUGGAGUGGACUCGUUCAGACAUGAUGGGCCAAACUGAGGUCCAGGUGGGGCUGCCUCGGUUUAAGAUGGAGGAGACGUAUGAUUUAAAAGAUGUCCUGACCAGCAUGGGCAUGGCGGACGCUUUCGACGUCACACUGAGUGACUUUUCUGGCAUGUCUCCUGCCAACAACCUGGUACUGUCAAAAGUCGUCCACAAGGCUUUCAUAGAAGUCAACGAGGAGGGAACUGAAGCUGCUGCUGCCACUGCUGCUGUCCUAUCAGAACGCUCUGCAGUGAUUCCUGCCACGUUCAUCGCAGACCACCCCUUCCUUUUCUUCAUCCGACAUAACCCCACCAUGAGCGUUCUCUUUGCCGGACAAUACUGCUCCCCUGAGUGAGCACUACUGUACGUCCUGUAGACAUGGACAGAUUAUAAGACAAGGGGGGGCCCUGGGCACAGAGAUGUAAAAGGCCCCCCACAUCUCCUACAUCAGAACAAGAAUCACAAAUUCAAACAGACACCUUGUCUAUAUGGUAGUUUUGCACCUCUUUGUAGUCAUUUUGUGUCUCUUUAUGGUAGUUUUGUUACUCCUUGUUUUGCAU